CAGUGAAGACUGGCUGAAUAUGAGGGAUUGGAUGCCCCGCCCAGCUUCCAUCUCUCUCUCUCUCUCUCUCUCUCUCUCUCUCCUGUCACCUCUCCUGAUCCCCAGUGUGUGCAGGACCAUGGACAGCAGCCGCAGUCCAGAGUGGAUCAGCCCAGUCAAGGCCCUGGAGCUACAGCAACUAUCCAACACCUGGGAGCAGCCUGUCUUCCAGGAGCGGCUCCAGCUGCAGCACAUAGAGGCUCCCCACCGCCAGAUAAAAGCAGGGGACUUCCUAAGGCUACACAGGUCUGACAGAUCAACAACUGAAUCACUGUGGUGGACUUUCGGUGGCGGGACCAAACUGGAAGUCGGCAGUGACACAGUCCCCGCCCUGACAGUCCUGCCCCCCUCCAGUGUGGAGGUGAAGCAGGGGAAGGCCACACUGGUGUGUCUGGCCAACAAGGGCUUCCCGUCAGACUGGACUCUGCGCUGGAAAGUGGACGGUACCAGUAGGAGCUCGGGCGUGGCCGGGAGCGCCGGGGUCCUGGGGAAGGACGGCCUGUACAGCUGGAGCAGCUCCCUGACUCUCAGUGCGGAUGACUGGAUGAAGGCGGGGUCACUGACCUGUGAGGCCACAAAGGGCUCCCAGGCUGCCCCCCCUCAGACACUGAGGAGAGCUGACUGUGCUGAGUAGGGCGGGUGCAGGCCCAGCUCACACACUCUGAUCACACUGUGUUUACCCUGCUCUGCUCUCAGCCUCUCUGCUCCUUACUGCUGCACACUGAGCUGGGCCUGUGUGUGAAUCCUUCCUCCAGCCUGAGCUGUCACUGCUAAUGUCUCACAUGUGCUCUGCUUGUGUCCUCAACAAAUAUGCAUACCUGCCUUCUUAUUUGUGUUUGUGUGAUUUUGGCAAUAGCUGUUAGAUAAAAGUCAUUGAAAUAAUAAAGAUUCUUUGAAAAGUUA